AUGUCAUUAGAGAGUAACGUAGGAGUCAGUGAUGCUGUUUUAUUAGAUCCUAUUACAGAAGAUGCUUUUAUUGACAACAUACAUGAGCGCUUUAAACAUGAUCUGAUUUACACUUAUAUUGGAAAUGUGGUGGUGUCAGUAAAUCCAUAUCAAAAACUUCAACUUUAUACCCAUGAUGUUAUUGAUGAGUAUCGAAGUAGGAAUAUUUAUGAAUUACCCCCUCACAUAUAUGCUAUAGCUGAUGAUGCCUAUAGAUCUAUGAGAGAUAGAAAUCUAGACCAAUGUAUUAUAAUAUCUGGAGAAAGUGGGUCAGGAAAAACAGAGGCUAGUAAAGUUAUUAUGCAAUAUGUAGCUGAAGUAUCUGGUAAAGGACAAGAUAUUGAUACAGUUAAAGAACAACUAUUACAAUCUAAUCCUGUAUUAGAAGCAUUUGGAAAUGCGAAAACAGUCAGAAAUGAUAAUUCAUCAAGAUUUGGUAAAUAUAUGGAUAUAGAAUUUGAUUAUAAAGGUGAUCCUAUUGGUGGUGUUAUAACAAAUUAUUUAUUAGAGAAGUCUCGUGUUGCUGUUCAAUCAAAAGGAGAAAGAAAUUUUCACAUAUUUUAUCAAUUAUUAUCUGGUGCUGACCCACAAUUACUUAAAUCAUUAAAAUUACAUGAAAGUGCUCAGGAUUAUGUAUUUCUCAGGAAUGGUGGAAAUGGUUUAUCUAGUGCUACAGAUGAUGCUGAAAAUUUCAGAAUUGUCAAAAAUGGUAUGGAGAUAAUAGGAUUUAGUUCUGAAGAAAUUAACCAUGUAUUUAAAUUAGUAUCAACAAUAUUAAAGUUAGGUAAUAUACAAUUUACACCGAGAGUUAAUGAAGAUGGAACAGAUGGCUGUGAUAUUGGAGCUGAAAAUGAGGUACAAGAAGUAUGUGAACUAUUAGGUUGUAGUAAAGAAUUAUUAGAUGCAGCAUUAACACAGAGAACUGUGGAGGUGAAAGGUGACAAAGUUAAAACUCACCUUAAAAAUAAUGAUGCCUAUUAUGCAAGAGAUGCUUUAUGUAAAGCAUUAUAUAGUCGUAUGUUUUCAUGGUUAGUUCAACGUAUAAAUGACAGUAUUAAGGUAAUAUUAAACUCUUUGAAAAUUGAUACAAAAGGAAAGACGAAGGUUAUGGGUGUGUUAGAUAUAUAUGGAUUUGAAGUUUUUCAGAAUAAUAGUUUUGAACAGUUUAUUAUUAACUAUUGUAAUGAAAAGUUACAACAGAUAUUUAUUGAGUUAACAUUAAAAGAAGAACAAGAAGAAUAUGUGAAGGAGGGAAUAGAAUGGAUACAUGUUGAAUAUUUUAAUAAUGCUGUUAUCUGUGAUUUGAUAGAGAAGAAUAAUGUUGGUAUAUUAGCCUUACUUGAUGAAGAGUGUUUAAGACCAGGGGACGUAACUGAUACAACAUUUUUAAACAAGUUAAACCAAAGAUGUGCUCAACAUCCCCAUUAUGAGAGUCGAAGUUGUAAGAAAACACAAUCAGAUAAAUCUCUACCACAUGAUGCCUUUAGACUUCGUCAUUAUGCUGGCAAUGUAUUAUAUAAAGUAGAAGGAUUUAUUGAUAAGAAUAAUGAUUUAUUAUUCCGAGAUUUAUCACAAGCCAUGUUUUCUUGUAAAAAUCCUUUAUUAAAGACAUUAUUUCCUGAAGGAAAUCCAAGUCAAAAGUCUUUAAAAAGACCAGUAACUGCAGGUUCACAGUUUAAGAUAUCUGUAACAGAACUGAUGAAGAACUUGCUUUCAAAAAAUCCCAAUUACAUUCGCUGUAUCAAGCCUAAUGAUGAUAAGAAAGCUAGUGUUCUAGAUGUUAAUCUUGUUCGACAUCAAGUCAGAUAUUUAGGGUUGAUGGAAAAUGUAAGAGUAAAACGUGCUGGUUACGCCUUUAGACAAUCUUAUGGCAUAUUCUUAUAUCGAUAUAAAAUGUUAGCUAAAGAAACAUGGCCGAGUUGGAAAGGUGAAGCUAAGGAAGGUGUGAAAUUAGUUCUGGAAAGUCAGAAUAUUCCCAGUGAAGAAUAUGCCUUUGGAAAAACCAAAAUCUUUAUAAGAAAUCCAAAGACGUUAUUUGAAAUAGAAGAGAGAAGAAGAGAUAAAAUGGAAGAUUUGGCUGUUAUGAUACAGAAAGUAUGGAAGGGAUGGAAACAGCUAAUGAUAUAUAAGAAGAUGAAACAGAGUCAGAUUGUGAUAUCGGCUAGAUAUAGAGGUUAUUGGGCUCAGAAAUGUUUCCAACAUAAGAAGAAAUCAACAAUAAGAUUGCAGUGUUAUGUUCGUGGCUGGAAGGCCAGAUGUUUACUAGCCAGGUUGAAACAUGAGAAAAAAGUGAAUUGGGCAGUUGAUGUAAUUCAUAAAUAUCAUCAUGGAUGGCAGGCUCGUAAAGUAUGUCGUCAGUUACGUCAAGAACGUAAAGUCUUCAACGCAGCAAGAAUUAUACAGAAAUAUUAUCAGGGUUGGAGAGUAAGAAAACAGUACCGCAGUAAAUUCAGGGCUAAAGCUGGACCAAAGAUUGCAAGAUUCAUGAAAAUUGCCUUGAAAAAACAAUUCUUAUUAAAACUUAAAGCAAAUCUUCCCUCCAUGUCACCAAUUUCUCAAGAUUGGCCGAAAUGUUCUCCAUUGUUUAAAGAUGCAUCACAAGAAUUGAAGAAGAUAUACCAUAGAUGGAGAUGCCAUAAAUACCGUCUGAAAUUUGACCAAUCAGCAAGAUAUCAAAUGAAAGAAAAAGUAACUGCUAGUGAUAUAUUUAAAGGCAAAAAAGAAAUCUACCCAAUGAGUGUGUCAAACUUGUUUAAAGGAGAUUAUUUUGGACUGUCUCAGAAUAUGACAUGGCAGAAAGUAUAUAAAUCAACAUCAGAUAAAGAUGUGGUGUUUGCUGAUACUGUUACUAAAAUAAAUCGUGCUAAUGGAAAGAUGGUUAGGUUAUUGAUUGUAAUGUCUACACAAGCAUUGUUAGUUUUUGAACCAAAGAAUAUGACGUUAAAAUAUAGAAUACCAUUAGGAGAAGUUGAAAAGAUGUCACUUAGUCCAUAUUCAGAUAAACUCUUAAUAUUUCAUUUACAAAAACAUGAUAGUAAUGGUGACGUUUUAUCUAAGAAGGGAGAUUUUAUAUUCUGUAGUGACCAUGUUAUCGAAUUCGUAGCUAAAGCUUAUCUAGUAGUACAGAAUCAUACUGGCAAGCCACCAGAAGUACAAAUAAGCCAACAAUUUUUUGCUGAUUUAAAAGGAUCUACUGUUGAAAUUUCAAUUAAGAAAGGAGCUGAAAGUAUCGAUGGUGGAUUGUUGAAGGUGACAAGAAAAGGAAAUAAAUUAGACAUCAUUCAAGCAUAAUUGUUACUUUCUUAUAUAAUUUCUUAUAUUAACAUACCAAAUUUUCCUUAGCCAAAAUCAAAAUCUACAAGCCAUGCUUUGCCAGUUAUAAAUCUUUAUAUUCCCUUUUGGUUCAGCUAUAUACUACUUUUCCCUAAAGAUCUUACUAUAUACGCAUUUCAUUGUGCCUAAUAAAAGAGUAAAACUAUCUUGUGUAACAAAAUUUACAUGUUUUGGCGUGAGAAUUUAAGGUCUGUAUAUUUUUUAUUAUAAAAUUGUUUUGUUGGGGAAGGAUAAUGUUAUAGGAACAAUUUACUCAAAAUGGAUUUUCAUUAGUGAAGUAAUAGCAAGGCCAUUGAUGGUUCCUAGCAGUUAUUGAUCCAGUUUAGUUAAGAAAAAUGUACAUUUGCUGUUGAUUUUGUAAAUAUUUAAAUAAAUACAUGUAGAUCUGAAGUUUUUUGAAGAUCUGAGUUGAGUGAUGUAGAAUAUAAGUUAAUAUGUUUUUAUAUUAUUUAUUAUUGUAUUAUAAUCUACUGUCUAUCAAUGAUAAUUAUGAAUAUUCAAGAAUUUGGAACAUUUUAAGAUAAUGUACAAAAAUAUAUUGGUAUAAAAUGACAUAUUAUUUUGAUGGGUAUUGUUAGUUGACUUACAAUAAAGCUUCACAUGAUAAGAAAAUCUAGUUGUUUGAUUUAAGUUUGAAAACGUUAGUGUUAAUAAAUGUGAAUCUGUAUGCAUGAUGCCAUUGAGUUAAAUACAACAUACAUGACACUCUUCCAAUAUAUUCAGUGCUUACUGGUUUUUUAUAACUAUCAUUGACUGACUAAUAUACCAUAGAUGAGAAUAUAACAAGUAUUAUUAAUAAUGUGCUUUAUACAUAGCUAAUCAUAUCAUUGUCUCUCAGUAUAAAUAACUGAUUUAAAUCAAACAGUAUUUAGCUGAACUGUAAUUUAAUACAUACUAUUUGGAUUCUUUUUGAUAAAAAAUUUGAUUGACAAAUAUGGUAUCUUUUUUGAGACUUUGCAGACUUAACCCACACAGUUGUUU